UUUCCUUUUGGCCAGUCGCGCGUGGGCUGAGGCCCUGGGCGGGCGGUGCGAAGGCUUGUUUGCCAAAGCGGGGUCCUCGCCGCAGUCCGGAGCUCCCUUAUCCAGGGGAGGCGGAAAAGGGUGUAGGCGCCCUACCUAGGGUGAAUGGGCUGUCGCGUGAGCUGCUAAGGGCAGACUGGGGAGCACGGGGGCCGGGGCCGCGACCAUGAACUCACCCGUGGACCCUGGAGCUAGGCAGGCGCUGAAGAAGAAGCCGCCCGAGCGGACGCCCGAGGACUUAAAUACUAUUUAUUCUUAUCUUCAUGGAAUGGAAAUAUUAUCAAAUCUCAGGGAACAUCAGCUUAGAUUAAUGUCUGCAAGAGCACGCUAUGAGAGAUACAGUGGCAAUCAAGUUCUUUUUUGUUCAGAAACUAUUGCCAGAUGUUGGUAUAUCCUGCUUUCUGGAUCUGUGCUUAUGAAAGACUCCAUGGUUUUGCCUCCUUGCAGUUUUGGUAAGCAGUUUGGAGGAAAAAGAGGAUGUGAUUGUCUUGUAUUAGAGCCUUCAGAAAUGAUUGUGGUAGAGAAUUCCAAAGAUAAUGAAGAUAGUAUUCUACAAAGAGAAAUUCCUGCCAGACAGUCUCGACGACGGUUUCGGAAAAUUAACUGUAAAGGAGAACGCCAAACUAUUACUGAUGAUGUGGACAUUAACAACUAUCUUUCUCUUCCAGCCGAUCUUACCAAGAUGCACAUUGCAGACAGCCCUCAUCCACAGGUGACUCAUGUGUCUUCUAGUCAGUCUGGUUGUAGCAUUGCCAGUGACUCUGGGAGCAGCAGUUUAUCAGAUAUCUAUCAGGCUACGGAAAGUGAGGUAGGAGAUGUAGAUUUAACACGUCUUCCAGAAGGACCUGUUGAUUCUGAAGAUGAAGAAGAGGAAGAUGAAGAGAUUGAUCGAACAGAUCCACUGCAGGGGCGAGAUCUUGUUCGAGAAUGUCUUGAAAAAGAACCUGCAGACAAAACUGAUGAUGACAUUGAACAAUUACUGGAGUUUAUGCACCAGCUUCCUGCUUUUGCAAACAUGACCAUGUCUGUAAGGAGAGAACUCUGCUCAGUGAUGAUUUUUGAAGUGGUGGAGCAGGCUGGAGCUAUUAUUCUUGAAGAUGGGCAAGAGCUUGACUCAUGGUAUGUUAUUUUAAACGGCACUGUAGAAAUUAGUCAUCCAGAUGGAAAAGUUGAAAAUCUCUUUAUGGGAAAUAGUUUUGGAAUUACACCCACUCUGGAUAAGCAGUACAUGCAUGGAGUUGUUAGGACUAAAGUAGACGAUUGUCAGUUUGUCUGCAUAGCCCAGCAGGAUUAUUGGAGAAUUUUAAAUCAUGUGGAAAAAAAUACCCAUAAAGUUGAGGAAGAGGGAGAAAUUGUUAUGGUACAUGAGCACCGUGAACUAGAUCGCAGUGGAACCAGGAAAGGACACAUUGUAAUCAAGGCAACACCUGAACGUCUCAUCAUGCAUUUAAUAGAAGAGCAUUCCAUUGUGGACCCAACUUAUAUAGAAGAUUUCCUAUUAACUUAUAGAACAUUUCUUGAAAGUCCUUUGGAUGUUGGGACCAAACUAUUGGAAUGGUUUAAAAUUGACAGCUUAAGGGAUAAGGUAACACGGAUUGUAUUAUUAUGGGUAAAUAAUCAUUUUAAUGAUUUUGAAGGUGAUCCUGCUAUGACUCGAUUUCUGGAGGAAUUUGAAAAAAAUCUGGAAGAUACAAAAAUGAAUGGUCAUCUCCGGUUAUUGAAUAUCGCCUGUGCUGCAAAGGCUAAGUGGAGACAGGUUGUGCUGCAAAAGGCUUCCCGGGAGUCCCCUCUGCAUUUCAGCCUAAAUGGAGGAAGUGAGAAGGCAUUUGGUAUUUUUGUUGAAGGUGUAGAACCUGGUAGCAAAGCUGCUGAUGCAGGACUGAAACGUGGUGAUCAGAUAAUGGAAGUAAAUGGACAAAACUUUGAGAAUAUAACGUUUGUGAAGGCCCUUGAAAUUUUGAGGAAUAAUACUCAUCUUGCACUUACUGUAAAGACCAACAUUUUUGUGUUCAAAGAGUUACUUACUAGGACCGAACAAGAGAAAUCUGGUGUUCCUCAUAUUCCCAAAAUUGCUGAAAAAAAAAGUAAUCGCCACUCAAUCCAGGAUGUACCAGGAGAUAUUGAACAGACAUCACAGGAGAAAGGGAACAAGAAAAUAAAAGCAAAUACUGUUUCAGGUGGAAGAAACAAAAUCAGGAAGAUUUUGGAUAAAACACGAUUUAGUAUCUUGCCUCCAAAACUGUUUAGGAAAACGUUUCCUCUUUCUGUAGUGCCUUUACCUGUUGUACCCACCCUGCCCUCCUCUGUUUCUCAGUGUGAAUUGUGUAAAAUCCUUCCUAGUGAUGUAGGCCUGAGCCAAUCACAGGACGACAGCAUUGUGGGAACAAGACACUGUAGGCACAGUUUGGCCAUAAUGCCUAUCCCUGGAACACUCUCAUCCAGCAGCCCCGACCUCCUGCAGCCUACCACCAGCAUGUUGGAUUUUUCUAAUCCCUCAGAUAUUCCUGAUCAAGUUAUAAGAGUUUUCAAAGCAGAUCAACAAAGUUGCUACAUUAUCAUCUGUAAAGACACUACAGCUAAAGAAGUUGUUUGUCAAGCUAUUCAUGAAUUUGGUUUGACUGGUGCAUCUGACACAUAUUCUCUCUGUGAAGUUUCUGUUACUCCUGAGGGUGUCAUAAAACAGAGGAGACUUCCGGACCAGUUCUCCAAAUUAGCUGAUAGAAUUCAGCUCAAUGGAAGGUAUUAUUUAAAAAAUAACAUGGAAACAGAAACCCUGUGUUCGGAUGAAGAUGCUCAAGAACUAAUUAAGGAAAGCCAACUAUCCAUACUGCAGCUCAGUACUAUUGAGGUGGCCACUCAGCUGUCAAUGAGGGACUUUGAUUUAUUUCGUAAUAUUGAGCCUACUGAAUAUAUUGAUGACCUUUUUAAGUUAGAUUCAAAAACAGGAAAUACCCACUUGAAAGAAUUUGAAGAUAUUGUAAACCAAGAGACAUUCUGGGUGGCCUCAGAGAUUUUAACUGAAUCAAAUCAGCUCAAACGAAUGAAGAUUAUUAAACAUUUUAUUAAAAUUGCACUUCAUUGUCGAGAAUGUAAGAACUUCAAUUCCAUGUUUGCAAUAAUAAGUGGCUUGAACCUGGCAUCUGUAGCACGACUCAGAGGUACUUGGGAAAAGUUACCAAGCAAGUAUGAGAAACACCUCCAAGAUCUACAAGACCUUUUUGAUCCAUCUAGAAACAUGGCAAAAUAUAGAAAUAUUCUUAGUAGUCAAAGCAUGCAGCCUCCAAUUAUUCCACUCUUCCCCGUUGUCAAGAAAGAUAUGACAUUUCUACAUGAAGGAAAUGAUUCCAAAGUAGAUGGUUUAGUAAAUUUUGAGAAGCUCAGAAUGAUUGCCAAGGAAAUUCGUCAAGUUGUUCGAAUGACUUCUGCUAACAUGGACCCAGCUGUGAUGUUCCGACAGAGGAAGAAGAGGUGGCGGAGUCUGGGGUCACUGAGUCAAGGCAGCACAAAUUCAAACAUGCUGGAUGUUCAGGGAGGUGCUCACAAAAAAAAGGCACGCCGUAGCUCUCUGCUUAAUGCUAAGAAGCUGUACGAAGAUGCCCAAAUGGCAAGGAAAGUGAAGCAAUAUCUUUCCAGUCUGGAUGUAGAAACAGAUGAGGAGAAGUUCCAGAUGAUGUCAUUGCAAUGGGAGCCUGCAUAUGGUACCUUGACCAAGAAUCUAAGUGAAAAAAGAUCAGUCAAGUCAUCAGAAAUGUCUCCAGUGCCUGUGAGGUCAGCUGGCCAAGCAGCUAAAGCCCAUUUGCAUCAGCCCCACAGAGUGAGCCAGGUGCUUCAGGUGCCAGCUGUAAAUUUGCACCCCAUCAGGAAGAAGGGACAAGCAAAAGACCCUGCCACACUGAGUACAAGUUUACCUCAGAAAGUUUUAGGAACAACUGAAGAAAUAAGUGGUAAGAAACAUACAGAAGACACUAUUUCUAUGGCAUCAUCCUUACAUUCUAGUCCUCCUGCGUCUCCUCAAGGUUCCCCUCGCAAAGGUUAUACACUUAUACCAUCAGCUAAAUCUGACAACUUGUCUGACUCCAGCCAUAGUGAGAUUUCUUCACGGUCCAGCAUUGUGAGCAAUUGCUCUGUUGACUCCAUGUCUGCAGCUCUACAGGAUGAACGGUGUUCCUCCCAGGCUGUGGCAGUCCCUGAAUCCACUGCAGCAUUUGAAAAGACAGAGCACUCCUCAGGGAUAGGAGACCAUAGUCAGCCUGGCCCUGGGUGGACACUCUCGAAGCCAUCACUAAUCAAGAAUUUAGCUGUCUCAUCUUCUAUGAGCAAUGACGAGAUUUCUCAUGAGCAUAUCAUUAUAGAAGCAGCUGAUAGUGGUCGUGGAAGUUGGACUUCCUGUUCAAGCAGCUCCCAUGACAACUUCCAAAGCCUUCCAAACCCAAAAGGCUGGGAUUUUUUGAACUCUUACCGACAUACCCAUUUGGAUGGUCCCAUAGCUGAAGUUGAACCCACUGACUGUGAGCCCUGUACCUGUCCUAAAGGCUGCUCUCUAACUUGUGGUCAGUGUAAAGGAAGCCUAGAGACUAAUCAGAUGAGGCAGAGUUGGGCUUCCUCUAGUUCUCUGUCUGAUACAUACGAACCAAACUAUGGGACAGUUAAACGGAGAGUGUUGGAGAGCACCCCAGCUGAGUCAUCUGAAGGCUUGGACCAUAAGGACGGCAUCGACCCCGUUUAUAAAACUGUUACUUCGAGUACAGAAAAGGGCUUGAUUGUGUACUGUGUCACUUCACCCAAGAAGGAGGAUAGGUAUAGGGAGCCACCUCCCACUCCUCCAGGAUACAUGGGGAUUUCUUUAGCAGACCUAAAGGAAGGACCCCACCUACACCUAAAACCUCCAGAUUAUAGUGUGGCAGUGCAGAGGUCAAAGAUGAUGCAUAACAGCCUCUCUAGACUGCCACGAGCUUCUCUCAGUAGCAACCCUGUGGCCUGUGUUCCAUCGAAGAUCGUAACUCAGCCUCAGAGGCAUAAAUUGCAGCCAUCCCAUCCUAAACUAGCAGAUGUGACUGACGCAGAUAGCGAAGCAGAUGAAAAUGAACAGGUUUCAGCAGUGUAGCCUUUGGAUUGACCUGAUUGAAGUCUACUGAAAGUCAUGGAGGAAGGAGUGAGCAGAACCAACUCACAAUUCUGCAGGCCGUUGCCAACAGAUAGCUCGCUGCUCCUGCUGCUAACCCAGAGGUUUUAUUUCCUGUACUCUGAGCAAUGAGAUAGCCCUGAAUCAUGCUUCCUUUCAUUUAAUCCCUGCAGAUGCAUAGUUUCCUCAGCUAUGGAUGUUGUGCCUGGAUACCAGUCUUCGCUUUGCACACCAGACCUGCCUUGGGACCACAGUUACUAGAGCAAAUUCAAACUCGAGACCUCCCCAUAUAUAUCACUAUAGAUUUUCCUUUAACAUGUUAUUUUUAAGAUAGUAGUAGUGGUAGUAUUUUCAAGCCAUAGCUUGGGUUAACAGACAAAUUCAGAAUGUCUGCCAAUACCAAGGAUAUUUUUAUGUAUUUGAAAAGUAACUUAUUAUUUGAAGUUUUGUGGUUUUGUUUGUAUUUGGGAGCUCUUGUUAAUUGAUGUUCAUGUUUGAGGCCAUAAAACUAUGUCUCUGAUCUGACCAAACUGAAGCCAUCUUUACAGGAUGAUGUUUGAUCUAUACAGAGAUGUAAUCAUCUGUAGCACCAACGAAACGUAGGGUCUCAGUUUGAGUGGAACAGGAAUCCGUUUGCUGUUGAGGUGUUAGGAAGGAGAAUACUGCCAUCUGCUGGUCAGGAUUUGGAAAGCCAAAUGAAGCUACCACAGGGUCCUAGCAGUCUCUUGGGGAAAGGAAGGGGUAUGACGGGGUGUGUAGCAACCCUAAUUUCCAAAGAAUGAAAUGUUUAUCUUACAUAACAUGUAUACCAAUUCUUUCUGAAGUGAAAGUCAUUCUCUAACUGUAGCUAUAAGUAUAAAUCCAGUAAAUAGAGAAUGAGUUCUAGACAGUUCUACUCUGUGGAAACCCAUACCUAAAAUUUUUCACAACUCAAAUUUGGAAUGUUUUUAAAGGACAUGUUAUCUUUGACGGUAUAGUUAUGAAGAUCAAUUUAGCUUUAUGCGGUGUUCUGCAGCACCCACCACCCAACCCCCAUCUCACAGCACAAGGCUGUUUUUAAUCUUCAUAAACCCUGCAGCUCCCAGUGCUUGCAGGUAAAGCUCAUUAGCACACCGAGGUCUAUAAUUGGUUGAAAAUUUUGUGGGGGAAAGAGGAGCUAGAAUUAUGGAAGUGAUUAUUUCUUGGUUUUCACUGUAGGCCUUGAGAGGAAGGAGAUAUAUAUAUAUAUUUAACAGCCUGUUGGGCUUGGCACUCUUAAGUAUUUAAUUAAAAUUUCAAUGACUGUUUACUGGAUGAGGUAGACUUUCCGCAUUUAAAAAAGAUUAAGUAUGAUGUUUUCUACAUCUUAAGUUUAAAUUUUUUCAUUUGUUUUUUAGUGUAAAGGCAAGUGAAAGGUUAAUAAACUUCUGUGACUACCAAAAAAAAAAAGAGCCAAAGCCAUUAAUGUGUACUGCCCAAAUCAACUUGGAGCCAAAAAUAGGUUUACUUCUGAAUGGUUAUCCAUAUGUGAAUUUAUAGGAUUUAGUUGGCUUAUUACUUCCUUUUGAAAAGUUUGUUCUCAUUUUUUUUCCUAGCUCUCUCUUCCUUCUCUCUAUCAUCCUCCUAUUUCCUUCAUUUUAAAAUCAUAAAUCAGUGCCAACUGGUAAAUGGCAGUAGUCCAUCUUUUCUAUCAAAAUGAUAAUUUCUUCAUUUUAGGAAAAAUAGCAUGUCUGAAAAAUUCCCAUGGGCAAAAAACUGUAAAUACGAAACUUAAGCCUUAGAAAUUAACCCCAGGUAUGUUAGAAUGAGGCUAGUUGGCUCCAUAGCUUUCUUGGCCCAUUGAAAUGGAAAGUAACCUGGAUCAAAAAUCCUGGUUUGAAAGUAACACUGUAAAGGUUUGAUCUAUAAACAGUGGUCCUGUGAUCAUAAAUUUUUCUUUCACUGAUUUACACAAUAUUAUUUUCAUGUCCAGAGCAAAACAAAGUGAAAGAUAUUUUUGCUACAACCAUCUUUUUAUCCAGUUUGGGUAUUUAUUCUCACCAUUUUAUAUCCACUCCCUGGAAAAAUGUGCUGUUUGCACAGUAUCUGUUUUUUUAGCAGGUCUUUCAAACCAGAUGGGAGCCUUCUCCAUCGUUGUCCUCAAUGUUGUGGAUAAUAUCUUGCACAGAGAGUCAGAGGCUUGUGGUUUUGGACUUGCACCUUGUAGCUGCCUUUGUUUCCUGUAGCUUGAAAUGUGAGUGUUUGGAUCAGCUGAUCACAUUGAUCAAGAACUAAAGCCAAAUGCUUUCUAGUUUGAUAUGUAUUUAUCCCUUAAAAAAUCGUGGCGUUUUGAUCUUUAUAUUCUAAUUUACGGUACAUUCCUGCCUUCUCUUAGUUUGUCACGUGACUAGAACAAGAGAAGCCUUAACCUAUACUUGCUCCAAUUCAAAAUGCCUGUUUGUUUUUAUUUUAUAAAUUUAUAAGUAUACUGAAGAGAUCUGUGCCCUCAUUGUACCACAACUCUGAAUCUGCCAGGGCUAUUGAAGCAGUAAAUCCUCACUGCAAACUUUUGCCAAAUAAUAAGUUUCAACAAAAAUCUCUGCAUAAUGAAAGAUUUGGAGAAUUAGUAAAUCCAAUAUAUACUUCCAUAAAGGUUUAUUGUAAUUUAAUAGAGUCUUACUUUCUCCAAAUGGUUACUUGCAGUAUGAUAUUUGGGGAGAAAAAGCCUUUAAAUGGUUUUUCUUGAGGGUGAUGUCGCAUUGUCAUCAUCUGCAUAACCACCUUGAGAAUCUCUCCUAGGCUUGAAAUGUGACAGUAAUCAUGGAGAUAUCCAAGAACAAUUCUAAUUUUUAUAAAGUGUUUUCUGCCCUUUAAAAAGAAGGGGAGAAAGAGUUUCCUUGUGAUUAUUAUUCUGAUACAUACGUUUCUAAAAAAUGUGAUAUUAAAGUAGAUGUAUCCCUUUAGUAUUACCGUAAAUGUGAUAUAGCAAAGGGAUAAAUCUUCAAAAAAGUGUCACAGUACAUUUUCAAAUUUAAACUUGAACCCCAGUUCAUCUGUAAUUUCUGUUGUGCUUUUUUAAGGCUUCUUUACUUUUGAUAUACAGAAUACAGUUGUACUUAACCUUUUAAAAUUGAAACGUGAGCUGAUCAGCAAAGGACAAAAACAAAACUGCACAGUCAUAAUAAUCAAAUAGCAAUUAUACUGCACAAUUCAGUGAUUGUAAAGUGUCCUGUAACAAGCAAUGUUUGUCUCCUAUUUUUUGAUACCUCUUAAACUUAUGUCUUUUAGAAAGACAGUGCCUCUGUAUGCUUUUUGUAUUUUUAUUGAGUGUAAAUAUUUGUUAUAUUUUUGGUUAAGAGAAUGUAAAAGUACCAUUUAUUAUUAUCAUAUCUACUAAUACAUUGGUGGAAUCAAUAAAGAAUCUAAUUAACCUCUGCACUUUAUGGCUAAUGUAUGGGAGCAGGUUAUAUACCCAGUCAUUCAAGAGGACCAGUCUGGGACCUGCACUGGUGUGAAGGCAUUUUUUGUUUUAAGUCUCCAGAGAAAUUGGAAUUGUCCAAUUAUGGUUGACAUUAUGGUAUCUGUGAAACACCUAGCUAUUGUUUUGUUUAGUUUUUUAAAAGUGUAUUCAACUACAAACCAAGUUUAACAGUGGCUUAAACCCUAUUGGACUGUUUUUCUUUUAUAUCAGAAAAGUCUACUGGCAGACUGUUUAGGGCUGGUACGGGGAUUCUACAGUUCUGUUGUGGUCUCAGGGAUUCUGACGUUUACACCUGAGGGCAUCACUGCAGUGCUUCAAGAAGGAAGGGUUUGCAGGAAAGUUGCAAAUGUGUAUCCCUUUUAUUAGCAAAACAACAGCUUUUCUAGAACUCCACUUGCAUAAUUCUGCUUACCUCCCACUAGUCAAAACUGUCACAUGACCAGUGGCUGCAAGGAAACCUGGGAAAUGAACUUUUUUAGCUGAGCAGUGGAUGGCUCCAAGUAAAAGUGGCAUUCUUUUCAGUGAAGAAGGAAAGAAUGAAUAUUGAAUGGGCAGCUAGCUCGGUCUACCACAGCAUGCCUAUUGCCCACUCCUUCAAGAAGUGCAUUUACAUGUAAGUGCAGUAAUUUAUUUAUUGGGAUCAGAUCCUAGGACCCUGGCAAAGAAGGGGGAAAUUCUCCUUUAGUACUCCUUUGUAAAGUUUCCCAGUCGCUCCUCUGUACCCAGAGAAUAUUACUCCCCUGCUAGGUAAGGCUUCUACCUCCUCCCAGUUUACCUCCUCCCAACACACACACACACACAC